AUGAAAAGGCCAGAAGAUACUUUUGCGUUGACUUCUAUUGAUGAAAAGCUAAACUCACGCUCAACAGUAAGGAACCCAAAGCAAGUCCAAUUACCGAAUAUCAAAUCUGUCCCAACGCUUUUUAUGAAAACUUCAAUGACUCCAUCAACAAAAGCGACGCCACGAGCGAAUUAUACGUCAGUUCCGUCAACAAGAAAAUCUCAAAAUCGGUCCUCAGUAACACAUGAUUUACUUAGAAAUAUUCAGCAAAGGGCAAACCAGUAACUCCUAUAUAGAGAAAUUGAAGAACUGUUUACACUUAAAGCAGGAGACCUCACUGAUACAGUGAGAAAGCUGGAAAAAUCAAAGUAUGUAAAAGAAGUCAUCAAGGAUUUAUAUGACCAUGUAUUGAGGAAAAAAAAAGAAUAUAAUUCUCUGAAGCAUGACCAAAGUUUAUUAAAAGCUGAAUUAGACUCACUAAAUCAGAAAUAUAACGAUUUAACGCACGUUGAAAAAGAAAACACCGAUCGGCAGCAAUAUCUAGGAAACUUGCAAGAGAAAUUUGAUAAGCUGCAGAACAAAAUUGAUCUAGAAUCGAUUUUUACCGAUUCAUUAAAUCAUAUGGCGAAUGUUAGAUAUUUAAAUUUGUGCUCAAUUAAAGACCCGACUAGGCUAUUAAAAUGACUAAAAAUUAUUACAAAUAAAUAUCUUCUAUAUAAGAGACUUUUAUUUUAAUGGAAGAUUCGGAAAGUAAUGUUUCCUAUUCUUCUUCCUUUUGUGAAGAAAACGGAGCUUUACAGGAUGAAUUUUUCGAACUUUUACUAUUAAAUGAACUUAUUGAUGCAGGAUUACUUGAUAAUUCUGAAUCAGAGUAUGAAUGAAAUGAUAGUGAUACAGAAAAUGUUGAUACAGAUGACAAAAUAUUGGAGUUUUUAAGUCGUUUAGAUGGAAAAAUACUAGAUGAAAUAGAUCCUAUUCAGGAAACCUUCAAAUAUAGGAAGACUGAGGUGAUCAUUGAUGAUAAGAAGACAAUCGAUAAGAAAAUCCUGGACACCAGAAAAAUAAAAAUUAGAUCAGAUUCAAAUUUUAUCAGAAAAAUAAAAUUGAUAUCAGAAUCAAGCAUUAUCAGGAAAAUAAAAUUUAGAUCAGAUUCAAAAUUUCAUCAGAAAUAGAAAAUUCAUAUCAGACUCAGAAAUCGAAAAAAUCGCGGAUUACGUGGGUUCAGAAAAAUUUUACCAAAAUUUUAUCCAAAAUUUUUUUAGGAAAAGAAGAAAGUUAAAAAAAAUUUUUAAUCGGGACAUGGCCCUGAAAUAAAGGCCUUUAAGUAAUAAAGAUUUCUCUCUCUCUAUAUAAGAAAAUUUUAUUUUAAAAACAAAAGCCAUUAAAAUCACAAAUAGUGCACACUCUAGCUCAGAAUAAAAUUUUGGAUCGAGGAAGCGAAUAUCACAUGACUUCUGCCUUAGCUACAAGAGGAAAAUUAGGAAAAAUCCAAGAAAACAUUAAUUCUCAACGCACAAAGAUGAGAGAAUUAUUAAACCAAGAAUUAAAAAAAUACGAAGAAAGAAGUAAAGCUAUUGCAUUUUACAAACAAGAGCAGCAGCUUUGGUAUAGACAAAAAGAAGCUGAAAUAAAAGACCAAGAUAUCAAUAAUUUAGUAAAAAUUGACAAUGAAGUCAGAAAAGGUGACAAGCUUCGGCUAGAGUUUGUAGAAGCAAGUCAAAAUUUAGCGACAAGAGAAGGCGAAAUUUCUGAAGCUCUUCGAAUUACAAAUUCCACUUCAGUGUCCAACCUUUUCAGUCAGCUUCAAAAACUUCGAGUUACUAAAGAGAGCCUUGAAUCUUUACGAGCUGACUUAGAAGCUACACUCCGUAGGCAGCAAAACGAAAUAGAAAGGCUUAAUAAAGAAUAUGAUAAUUUAAGUUUGCAAAAACAUCAAAAGGAUGAAUAUGAUUAUCAUACUCUUUAUGAUUUAGAAGUUGGGCUUUCUAAAAGAGAACAUGAGCUACAAACUCAUUCAGAAGACUUGGAUAAGGUUAAAGCAGACUUUUCUACAGGACUACUUGGGCUGAACAGAAUUAUCCAAAAACUUGGAGAAAAUAACGAUAUAAGAGAAAUCAGGACUAUAAAAGAUGCAAUUGAAUAUAUUUGUUAUAAAAUUAAUCAUUUGACUGAGUAG